AUGGCAUUGAAUUUGAAAUACCAAUUAAAGUCUGAUUUGUUAAAAUUUGAAUAUUUUUCAAUUGCAAUCGAUGAAACAGUCGACGUCGUUGGAAUUGCACAAUUAGCAAUCUUUUUUAGAGCGUGUGAAUCAGAUUUUAAUAUUUAUGAAGAAUUUCUCGAACUGGUACCAAUGCUCGAUAUUACUACAAGUAAGGAUAUCUUUAUAAAACUUCUACAAAUUCUCUUUGAAUAUGGGUUUGAUUUGAUGAAGCUUGUAUGUUUAUGCACUGAUGGUGCUCCGAAUAUGGCUGAACGACAUGCUGGCGUUGCCGCUAAAUUGCGAGCUGAAAUAGAAAAGGUAAAUCCCGGGUCAUCAUUUGCUCAUUUUCAUUGCAUUAUUCAUCAGCAAUAUUUGUGUUCAAAAAUAUUAAAAAUGGAAAAUACCAUUAGUUUGGUCACGAAAACAGUAAACUAUAUCAGAGGUCAUCCCCUCAACCACCGGCAGUUUAGUAAACUGCUGACAGAUAUUAAUAAUCAGUUCCACGACAUUCCUUUUUAUACUCCAGUCCGCUUGUUAUCACUUCACAAAGUUGUUAAAAGAUUUUAUUUGUUGAGAUCGGAAAUAAUUUUAUUUAUGGAGAUGAAAGGGCAAAACACAGACGAAAUGAAAAGUCAAUCUUGGAUCAAAGAUUUGGCAUUUGCAGUGGAUAUUACCACACAUAUGAACGACCUUAAUUUAGAAUUGCAGGGCAAAGACAAACUCAUAACUCAGUUGUCAGAUCAUAUCAAGUGUUUUAUUUCGAAAAUAAAAUUAUGGAAGUUUCAGCUAUUAAAUGAAGAUUUAUCUCAUUUUCCUACGUGCAAAGAGCUCAGGAGUACUGUUGAUGCACAUAAUGUAAUGAAUUUUUCUCAGUAUGAAAGACAAUCGUUGUUAAAGGAAUUUCAAGAAAGAUUUAAUGAUUUUUCGUUUUUUGAACACCAAUUUUCAUUAUUCGCAUCACCAUUCUCUUUUAAUGUUUCCAAUGCAGAUGAAAGUUUACAAAUGGAACUAUUGGAAAUCCAAUCAGAUUCUAUACUUAAUGCUAAAUAUUUGGAGGUUGGAAUAUCUGCUUUCUUUUCAUAUCUUCCUGGAAAGUUUAAAAACUUUAAAAAGUUUGCAACAAAAAUCAUUGCUAUGUUUGGUUUGACAUAUGUGUGUGAACAGCUUUUUUCAUUUAUGAAAAUGACAAAAACUGCUCAAAGAACAAGACUAACUGAUGAACAUUUAGUCGGAACUACACGAAUAGCUCAGCCUGACAUAUCAAAAAUUGUAUCUAAAAAAAGAUGUCAAUCCUCUGGAAGCAGCUCUCACCAAAAUUAA